CUCGACAGGGGAUUUUCUUUCGCCUUUCCCUCUGUCGCUUGCUCUAAUUUAUACUCGCCUUGUUCAUGAACCCAGUCAUGUCCUAAGAUACCGCCAGCGUUGUGUGCACUUGUCCUGAAGCAGUGCGCAUUACACGCGACGAACUCGUUCGAUCGAGCAAGCUCACCUUACCUACCUUUUCCAUUCAUUUAUUUCGCGAUAUAAUCGUUUUUCAAACGCCGGCAAGCUGAGCAGAGCUCUGCUCUAGCUACUAGAUAGCCACCAUGGCUACUGCGACAGUCGAAUUACCCUACCUCUCUUCGCAUUAUUCGAUCUCCGAGUCGACCCUCUCUACCCUUACGCAAGCUCCUACGGUCGAACUGGUCAAUCAAUUGCUGGAGGCCAUCACCAAUAAAGCCCAUGAAAAUGAUGAGCUCAAGUCUGACAAGCUUCGCUUGGAGGUAGAGCUCGAGAAUGCCGUACGGAGCACCGACUCUAAGAUCAAGGUUCUGAAAAACUCGGUCGAGAAGGGUCAUGUGGAGGUCGAGGAAACCAGGAAGAAGCUGCAUGAAUCAGAAAACGCCCGAUCAUCCUUGGAAUCCGAAAUCGCUACGCUCAAGUCGUCCUCCACGUCCAACGAAUCCGAAGCCAGCAGUCUGAAAUCUCGAAUUUCCUCGCUCGAAGCCUCUAACCGUGAUACUCUCUCCCUUCUUGAGUCCAAGACUGCCGCCUACGACAAGUUGGCCGAAGAACUUUCGACGCAACACAAGAAGACCAUCGAACUGAGACGGGAGCUCUCUACUGCUGAGCAGAACCUUCAGUCCGCCAACUCGUCCACGGCCAGCACUCGCUUCCGCGAACAGAGUCUUCAGCAAGAGCUGGAACUGACAAAGAAAAACAAUGAGUGGUUCGAGACGGAGUUGAAGACGAAAUCUGCAGAGUACCUCAAGUUCCGCAAGGAAAAGAGUGCCCGGAUCUCGGAGCUUCAACGUGAAAAUGAGGAGGCCAAUGCGAAUAUUGACUUUAUGAGACGUAGUGAGAACAACCUUAAGAGCCGCCUGGACGAGGUUGAGCAACGCUACGAAGAGUCGCUUUCGAGUAUUCACCAGCUGAAAGAGGAGGCGAUUCAAGCCGCCGAAUCUUUCCGCAUUGAGUUGGACAGCGCGAACCGACUGGCUGAGCUUCAAGGAAACUCUGCUGGAACAGCUAAACAACGAGUGCAAGAAUGCCAGUUGGCUUUGGAGAAAGCGAAGGAUGGUGCUGCGGAGGAGAUCUCUCGCCUUCGCGUUGAGAUUGAAACUGAACAUUCUGAUAAGGAAGCCGCUGAGCGUCGUGUUGCGGAGCUUGAAAUGACCGUUAGUCAACUCGAAUCCGAAGGACCUGUUAGCAGGAGAUCCAUGAGCCCAGCUCCCCGUGGUCUCAAUGGAGGGCCCAGCACACCCGUUCGCUCCGGAACACCCGUUGGCGCUUUCUCGCCCAGAACUUCGCGGACAAAGGGCGGUCUUACACUCACACAGAUGUACACGGAAUACGACAAGAUGCGGUCCCUGCUUGCUGCGGAGCAGAAGAACAGCCAAGAACUCCGAUCUACCUUGGACGAGAUGGUCCAGGAUCUUGAAUCGAGCAAACCUGAAAUCGAUGAAUUGCGAGCUGAUCAUGCGCGACUCGAGAACGCCGUCGUUGAAAUGUCAAAUAUCCUAGAAUCUGCCGGAAAGGAGAGGGAUGAUGCGACCAAGGGGGCACGGAAGUGGCAGGGCCAGGUUGAAGGAUUGGCUCGUGAGGGCGAUAUUCUGCGCCAGCAGCUGAGAGACCUAAGUUCCCAGGUCAAGGUUCUGGUUCUGGAGGUAGCCUUCAUGAAGGAAGGCGAGGCCUACGACCGUGAAGAACUCGAAAAGAUUGCCCGCAAUGAGAUUGACGAGUCGACUGCCGAGCUGAGCCCAACAGGACGCUUCAUCAGCCGAAACUUGACGACAUUCAAGGAUCUCUACGACCUUCAAGAACAGAACGUCACCCUCAGGCGCAUGCUCCGGGAGCUUGGUGACAAGAUGGAAGGCGCCGAAGCCCGCGAGCAGGAUGCUGUCCGCCAGCAAGAGCAGGAGGAAUUGAAGGAAUUGAGGAUUAGAGUGCAAACCUACCGCGACGAAAUCGCCAACCUCGUCGCUCAGACAAAGAGCUACGUGAAAGAACGCGACACUUUCCGGAGCAUGCUUACUCGUAGACGCCAGACCGUCGGCGGCGACUCGUCCGCAUUCUCCCAGUCGGUUCCUCUUGGUGCUGUGCCUCCAGGCGCUGAAGACCAAUCUGGGCCCGACUAUGCCGAAUUGUUGAGAAAGGUGCAAGCGCACUUUGACAAUUUCCGCGAGGAAAGCGCUACGGACCACACUGCUCUGAAACAGCAGGUCAAUGAGCUGUCAAGGAAGAACAGUGAACUGAUGAGCGAAAUCAGCCGCUCGAGCAGCCAACUUGCUGCCGCAUCCCAACGAGCGGAGCUUCUCCAGAGCAACUUUAGCAUGCUCAAGAGUGAAAACUCUGAGCUUCAGAAACGAUACGGCACUCUUUUCGAAAACGCCAACCGUCAAGACCUUAGGACCCAGCAAGCGGCUGAAGACCUCGUUGAGGCCAAGGGACUUGUCGACAGUCUUCAGCGGGAAAGUGCAAACUUGAAGGCCGAGAAGGAAUUGUGGAAGAGUAUUGAGAGGAGGCUUAUUGAGGACAAUGAGACUUUGCGCAACGAGCGCAGCCGUCUCGAUGGGCUCAACGCAAACCUGCAGACCAUGAUGAACGAACGUGACCACACUGACUCCGAGAACCGUCGUCGCCUCCAGCUGAGCGUUGAAACCCUCGACUCCGAGCUCCAGUCCACGAAACGGAAGUUGAACGACGAGGUUGAGGAAUCGAAGAAGGCGGGACUGCGCCGGGAGUACGAGCAUGAGCAAAGCCAGAAACGGAUUGAUGAUUUGGUGACGAGCUUGAGUUCCGUUCGCGAGGAGUUGGUCGCUACCAAGACGACAAGAGAUCAUCUGCAAACCCGUGUCGAUGAGUUGACUGUCGAGUUCCGGAGCGCCGAAGAGCGUCUCCAGGUAUUGCAGUCUAAGAAGCCUAGCAUCUCCGCUGCUGCACCGGCUGAGGCCCCUGCAUCAAGUGGCUGAACUCAAACGCGACUUGGAUUUGGCUAGGGGAGAACUCGAGCACGCCAAGGAGCAGGUUGAGGACUACAAGGCGAUCAGCCAGUCGACCGAAGAACGCUUGCAGUCCGUCACCGAGACCGACGAACAAUACCGUGAAGAGACCGAGAACCAUCUCAAGGAGAAGGACGAGAAGAUUCAAGACCUUGAGAAGCGGAUCGAAGAGAUUUCCACUGAGCUCUCUACGACGAACUCUGAGCUUUCUAGACUUCGCGACG